GGCUAUGUGAUAAACUAACCAAAAGCCAAACUCUCUCUCCUUCCCAAACCUCAUGGCAAUUUAUCGAUCUCAUCGUACAACGCCCAUCCUCUGGACCCGAUCACCCUAAUUCCAAAAACGACUAAAGUCGAAACCCUAACUCGGGCGAUUCGACUCGGUUAUUAUCCAUCUCCACACCAAAGAUCUAUAUCCCCUGGCAAUGCGACCGUGGUUCUCGGCCAUAUACCUCUCGAGAGAGGACUCCUUUUGUUUGGCUGUAACCUUCUCCUGCUUUCAGAUUUAUUUAACGAGUUCGAGAAAUGACCGAUGAUUCCCAUGUCCCUAAUUCCAGGGGUAUCCUUUGCAAUGCUGGUGCUGGCGCCGCCGCCGGUGUUAUUGCUGCAACAUUCGUGUGUCCUUUAGAUGUUAUAAAGACAAGAUUACAAGUUCAUGGGCUGCCAAAGCUCAAUGCUGCAACCGGUAGACGUAGUCUUAUAGUUGGUAGCUUGGAACAAAUCUUUCAGAAGGAAGGCUUGCGUGGGAUGUACCGUGGGCUUGCUCCUACUGUACUCGCUUUACUUCCUAAUUGGGCUGUAUAUUUUACGAUGUAUGAGCAGCUCAAAAUCAGCCUUUGUUCAAAUGAUGAGAAUCAUCAUCUCUCAGUAGGUGCUAACAUGCUAGCUGCAUCUGGUGCUGGAGUUGCAACAACCUGUUGUACAAAUCCUCUUUGGGUUGUGAAGACGAGACUUCAAACUCAAGGAAUGAGAGCAGGAGUGGUUCCCUAUAGGAGUACGCUUUCUGCUUUGAGGAGAAUAGCUCAUGAGGAGGGUAUUCGGGGUCUAUACAGUGGUCUCGUCCCUGCAUUAGCUGGUAUUAGUCAUGUUGCCAUUCAAUUUCCAACAUAUGAGAAGAUCAAAUUCUAUUUAGCUAAUCAAGAUAACACUCCGGUCGAUAAACUCAGUGCACCUGAUGUUGCUGUUGCGUCAUCAGUUUCCAAAAUAUUCGCAUCCACAUUGACUUAUCCGCAUGAGGUGGUACGUUCAAGGCUUCAGGAACAGGGGCAUCACUCUGAGAAACGCUAUUCUGGUGUGGCUGAUUGCAUUAGAAAAGUGUUUCAGCAAGAAGGCCUUGCUGGAUUCUACCGUGGGUGUGCAACAAAUCUAAUCAGGACCACACCUGCAGCCGUUAUCACCUUCACCAGCUUUGAGAUGAUUCAUCGAUUUCUUGUCAAUCUUUUCCCUUCUGAUCCAUAGCCUCACACGUUAUGAGGCUGCAUCGUUCUCAACCAAGGAUAUAGCCUGUCUCCCGGCAUAUGACCCGACAGCAUUGCAUCAUCUUGGUAGUGAUACAUUGUCACAAUUUGUAUUCUUGUGGUAGCUUUUUAGCAAUAUUCAUUCCAUCUUAUUCUCCUCACCCUACACCGGUGAGAUCAAGGGUUCCGAGGAAGGUGUGGACGUAUUACAGGGACAAUGAUAAUGACGAAAAUGAUACAUUGUUAGCUUAAAUUAAUACAUUCAUAAAA